GACUGUGAAGUCUACAGAAGCGGGUCUGUCACCGCUGCUCCUCCGGAAGCUCCGCCCACGCCGCAGCACAUGACGAUGAUGCUGUCAGGGGAGGGCGUGGCUCCGGCACAAUAGUGGUGACUGUCAGGUAGAGCCGGUGGGUGAUCCUCGGACAGUGUCAGGCCUGAGAGUUCCUGCGCCCCAGGAGCCAAAACCAUGUUGGGCUCUGGGUUCAAGUCUGAGCGGCUUAGGGUGAAUUUGAGACUUGUUAUAAACAGACUGAAACUCCUGGAGAAAAAGAAAACUGAGCUGGCACAGAAGGCCAGGAAGGAGAUUGCAGACUACUUAUCCACUGGAAAGGAUGAGAGAGCGCGGAUCCGGGUGGAGCACAUUAUCCGAGAAGACUACCUGGUGGAGGCCAUGGAGAUCCUGGAACUGUACUGCGACCUGCUCCUGGCACGGUUUGGAUUAAUCCAGUCUAUGAAAGAGCUGGAUCCAGGCCUGUCUGAAGCAGUCUCCACACUGAUCUGGGCUGCCCCACGUCUACAGACAGAAGUCUCCGAGCUGAAAAUAGUUGCUGACCAGCUGUGUGCUAAGUAUAGCAAAGAAUAUGGCAAGCUGUGCAGGACAAACCAGAUUGGGACGGUCAACGACCGGCUGAUGCACAAGCUGAGUGUGGAGGCUCCUCCGAAGAUCCUGGUGGAGAGAUACCUAAUUGAGAUAGCGAAGAAUUACAAUGUUCCCUAUGAACCGGACUCUGUUGUUAUGGCUGAAGUUCCCAUAGGAGUGGAGGCUGAUCUCAUAGAUGUCGGAUUUUCAGAUGACAUAAAGAGAGGUGGUGGUGGUGGAGGAGGAGGAGGCGGUGGCUUCGGUGUGCCAUUGCCAACAGUGGGCGCUAUGCAGAUGCCUACACCCACCAUACCGUUCUCUUACCCUGCGCCUGGUGGCCCGGAGUCCUUCAACGGACCAGCUGUGGGAAUCUAUCAGCCUUUUGGUCACCAGCAUCCUCCGGCCAUGGGGUUUGGGCCACCACCGAUCCCGGAUAUGCCUCCGACAUAUGAAGCUGUUGGCAAUGAUGGGCCACGUGCAAACGCUCCUCCUGCUCAAGAUGGUCCAGGAUAUAAUGGGCCACCAGUCGCUAAACCGCGGUCCAAAAUGCCAGACAACUUUGUUCUUCCUGAGCUCCCCUCUGUCCCUGACACACUCCCCACCGCUUCUGCUGGAGCAGGCACUUCUAAUUCUGAAGAUAUUGAUUUUGAUGACUUGUCACGUAGAUUUGAGGAGCUGAAGAAGAAAACCUAAGACUUGGGAUCCAGUCUCUACUACUCUCUGUAAACUUACUGAACUUUUCAGAGGAGAAAUCUAAAAUCUUAAAACACUUGUUUGUAAAGUAUACACAGAGCAUUUCCUUGCUCCUCUUAAGAGUCCUUUGUAUUAGGGAGAAAGUGGCUACCCACCAAUGCAAGUCUGGACGUUUUCAUUAUCCCUGCACUGAAAGUCAGGCUUUUGCAGGAACGGGUGAGAGCGAUCAAUGCAUAAAGCAAUUUGGUAACCCGAGGCUUCCGGCCAUAAGUCCACACCAGAAACCUAUUUCCCCAAAGUCGUCAUCAUCUCUGUGUUGCCCAUGAACAUAAGAGCUCCGUUUGGAUAUGUCAUAAGACAAAACACAAAGGAAUUCAUUCUACUAAUGAGUUGCUCACGCUACUUGAUUUUGUAAUCUUUGUACAUAACAUUUACAAACAGCUGUUGGGCUUGUUUUGUGCAUGUAUUUCUUUAUAAUAAAGCUGGGGCCUUCUUGAA